CUCAUAGACAACAAACAACCUGAAACUACCGCCUGUCCUACCACUCCGACUCUUCAUCUCCAUCUGCAUCUCCAUCAUCCAACAUCGUCACAUUCACUUUAUAGACGCCAUGUCAAACAUCUCCCUUUAGCUUUAUCCGCGCAACUCCGCGCGUCCAUUCCUUGAUCGCAGCGCUCUUCAUGACGAUGCCCUCUGCUGCAUACUGGGGUCCUGUCCUGUCCGUCCACAUCCACACAUACAUACAUGGCUUCCAAAGAUACCAUCACGCAUGCGCGCGAACAACAAUCAUCUAGUCAGCCACCGCUCCAGCCUACCUACGUUCUGCGAGGACAUGCCGCGCAGAUUCAGACUGUCCAGUUCUUGCGCGACAAUAGCCGCCUGCUGACCGGUGAUGGUGAUGGCUGGAUGGUGUUGUGGGGGGUUGCCCAGAGGAGGGCUGUGGCAGUGUGGCCUGCUCACCACGCUUCUAUUCUUGGAUCGAACGUGUGGGGAGCCAAUCGAAUAAUCACGCAUGGUCGUGACUCGAGCCUCAGGGUCUGGCUGCUGCGCGAUAACGAUGAGCCGCGCCUAUCCAACGUCCUACCAAUUGACGGUGCCUCCUCCAAUCAGCUGAAGCCUUGGCUUCAACAUUCACUGGCUGUAAACACUCUAAACUUUUGCUCCUUUGCCAUGUGCCGGGAGACUAUUGUUUCAGAUCAGCAUUCUCCAGAUCGACAGGCAAUCGACGAAGAUCCGGUUCUGAUUGCCGUCCCGGGUGUUAACGAUAAGGAAGUCAACGUCUUUCAACUCCCGACUGAACGUUGUCUAUGCAUCGUGCCCGUCAUACCAAAAACAGACACUGGUAUGUUGUAUCCUUACGUUACAUGCUGGUCUUGUUCCAAUUACGUCUUUCUGUAGGCAUGUCUAUGGCAUUGUCGCUCGUGAAUACCUCUACUUCGGUCUUGUUGCUGGCCGGCUACGAGAGCGGCCAUGUCGUUGUGC